UGUGUCUUUUUCUGCACAUCACUUUGGAAAUUUGCGCUCGUGUAGUCGCUGGGGCUCACCUGCCGGGUGCUGCGUGGCUGCGAGCGGCGGAGCAACUGCUUUAAUAGGAUAAUCAGACUAAUUGCCUCCUCUGAUAUUGUCCCUCAUUGAUUCCGUCGACCAUUUCCCUAAUCACUGUCAUGAUUUUCUUCAUUUCCUUCUCCCCCGCUGUUUGAAAGUGACUAUCUGCAGGUGUUUUUGCGCUCUGAUUUGCGCCAGCCAGGACUGGCAAUAUGUAAUUUUGGGACAGGCGUUGCGUUCUCGGAGAAGUGGACUAUUUCCCAGCUGGAUAUCCUUCUUUAAAAAGAAGAAGAAGAAGAAAACCCGUUUCUGCUUUACUCUGUAGACCAGAACAGAUUCUGAUACACCGUGAUGGUGUGGGGCUAUCUGAACUGACAGCAGAGUGUACGCUACCGUUUGGAGACUGCUUGUGGGACUGGUAAAAAAAAUGAAAGCUCCCAUUCCUCUUCUGAUCCUGCUUCAUGCCGUUGUGGUCCAUUGCCUGAAAGUGGUGUCGAAGAGAGGCUCAGUGGAAGGCUGCACAGAUUGGUCGGUGGACUACCUGAAAUACAAAGUGCUUCUGGGGGAACCUGUACGGAUUAAGUGUGCUUUAUUCUAUGGAUAUAUCCGGGCCAACUACACCCAUGCGCAGAGCACGGGACUUAGCCUCAUGUGGUACAAAAGUGCUGGACACGGGGACUUCGAGGAGCCCAUCAGUUUUGACGGCGCGAGGAUGAGCAAAGAGGAGGACGCCAUAUGGUUCCGACCAGCGGAGCUGGACGAUGUGGGAUACUACUCCUGUGUAUUACGAAACUCAACAUACUGCAUGAAAGUGUCCAUGUCUUUGACGGUGGCGGAGAACGACACGGACCUUUGCUACAACUCCAAAAUGAGGUUCUUCGAGAAGGCGGAGCUAAGCAAAAGCAAAAACAUCACCUGCCCAGGCAUUGAGGAUUAUAUACAGCCGGGGGUGGAGCCGGAAAUUGUGUGGUAUAAGGAAUGCAAGCCAAAGCAGUGGAGACAGACCAUAGAGAGGAGGAGAGACAUUCUGUCCAUCAAGGAAGUACGAGAAGAUGACAUUGGGAAUUACACCUGUGAACUUCCUUUUGGGAACUUUGUGGUGCGGAGGACUACUGAGCUGUCAGUCACAGCUCCCCUGACAGACAAGCCGCCAAAAAUCCUUUUCCCUUCAGAGAGCCAAAUGAGCAUCAUAGAGAUGGCAAUAGGGAGUCCCGUUAACCUGACGUGCAGAGCGUUCUUCGGAUACAGCGGCGACGUCAGCCCGCUCAUCUACUGGAUGAAGGGAGAGAAGUUCAUCGAGGAUCUGGAUGAGGAGCGGGUCCAAGAGAGCGACAUAAAGACAAUCCGGGAGCACCUGGGAGAGCAGGAGGUCUCCAUCUCUCUGACCAUCGACUCUCUGGAGGAGAGCGAUCUGGGCAACUACUCCUGCUACGUGGAGAACGGCAACGGGCGGCGGCAGGCUAAUAUCCAGCUCACCAAGAAAGCGGAGCUGAUGUACACGGUGGAGCUGGCCGGAGGUCUGGGGGCCAUCCUGAUGCUGCUCAUCUGCCUGGUGACGCUCUACAAGUGCUACAGGAUCGAGCUCAUGCUCUUCUACAGGAACCACUUCGGGAGCGAGGAUAUAGACGGAGAUAACAAGGACUAUGACGCUUACCUGUCCUACACCAAAGUGGACCCGGACCAGUGGAGCCAGGAGACCCGGGAAGAGGAGCGCUUUGCCCUGGAGAUCCUCCCCGACGUCCUGGAGAAGCAUUAUGGGUAUAAACUCUUCAUUCCAGACAGGGACUUGAUCCCCACAGGAAGUUUCACCAAUGAUCAUUUCCAGGAUGACACAAGACUACUUAGAGCCUACAUCGAGGACGUUGCGCGCUGUGUGGACCAGAGCAAGCGCCUCAUCAUCGUCAUGACGCCCAGCUACGUGGUGAGGAGGGGGUGGAGCAUCUUUGAGCUGGAGACGCGGCUGCGCAACAUGCUGGUGACCGGCGAGAUCAAGGUCAUCCUGAUCGAGUGCGCCGAGCUGCGCGGCAUCAUGAACUACCAGGAGGUGGAGGCCCUCAAACACACCAUCAAGAUGCUGACGGUCAUCAAGUGGCGCGGGCCGUCCAGCAACAAGCUCAACUCCAAGUUCUGGAAGCAGCUGCUCUACGAGAUGCCCUACAAGCGCCUGGAGCCCCUGAGCAUCUCCCACGAGCAGGUGCUGGACGUCAGCGAGCAGGGCCCCUUCGGCGAGCUCCAGACCGUCUCGGCCAUCUCCAUGGCGGCGGCCACCUCCACCGCCAUGGCGACGGCGCACCCGGACUUGCGCUCGACCUUUCACAACUCUUGCCACACCCAGAUGAGGCAGAAACACUAUUACCGUAGCUACGACUACGACCUGCCACCAGGCGGCACGCUCCCACCGCUCUCCACGCUAGGCAACCAGCACACCUACUGCAACAUCCCCAUGACGCUCAUCAACGGACAGCGGCCGCAGUCCAAAUCGCCACGGCAGCAGAGCGUGGAGGAGGCCCACGGCAACAACGCCAUGCUGCCGCUGCUUCCCCGAGAGACCAGUAUAUCCAGUGUCAUCUGGUGACAGGGACGGUGCCGGGCAGGGUGAACUGUGGAGCUAAACGACGUCCACCGCCGGACCCUGAACGCACCAGAGCCAGAUGGUACCGGAAUUGACACCGAGCUACUUGCUGCUGUUGAAUUUGCACCAAGAAAAACGGGAGGAAAGGGGGGAAAACUGGAGCUGGAGGAGAAGAAGAUGGCAAAUAUUUGACCAAUAAGACCUUUUAAUGAAACUGAACAACUACAAGAAAAAAAACACAGAGAAAGGAGAACUUCUUUUUUUUGUAUGCCUGUAUAAACACUUAACACAAGCCAACACUUAUGAUAAUUUACCCAGAGAGUCAAGGAAUACAGGGUCCUGUACAUAAGUUUUUCUAAUUCUUUGUAGCAACAGUGUUUGGGACUUUUAUGUUUUAUCAUCAGUUGGGACUCUUUUUUCGUUGUUUUUAUUUUAUUAUUUCUUCUUUUGUUUCCAUUUGUACAAAAGUGAAGCAAUGGCCUGCGAGAUGUGUCGGUUUCAACCCGUCGUUACCUUUAUCUUAAUUUGUUGGCCCGUGUAGUUUAUAAAGCUUUUGGGAGUUUCGUUGGGGGA